AUGGAUUCUUCUCCUUCUUCUUCGAGAAAUAACAAGAAGGUCAAUAAAUUUUCCGUGAGAAAGCAAACCCUAUUCAAGAAACCAUCUACCAGUUUGUUGAUGAGACAAGAGACGAUUCUGAGAAAAGCUGGCGAGCUCUCCACUCUCUGCGAUAACGAAAUUUGCGUUAUCCAUUAUGAUCGUGUCGGUAACCUCGUGAAAACUUGGCCCGAAGAUGAGUCCCAAGUCCAAGUCAUAGCCGAAAGAUAUAGCAAACUCACCCACGAAGAGAAACAAAAGAAGAGCACCAAUCUUUCUAAGUUCUGUAACAAGAAGAUGCACGACGAGAAGAAGAGAUUUCCAAUUAAAUUCUCACAGAAAGUCCAAGAACUCGAAGGUUCCUUGGUGAGUAAGUUACAGCUAUUACAAGACAUACUUCUUCGUGAGGAUCAGAGCUUUAUGUCAGAACAAAACACCACUUUUCUCCAUUCUUCUUGUGGCUUCGCCUCAAAGGACUCAUCUUCGUCUUCACAACUUGCUGUUCCUGAUCAUCAACAACAGACUGAAGCAACAAGUACCGAGCAAGACAUGAGUCGUGGUGAUGUUUAUAACUCUGCCGCAGCAACUCAUCAGAGGCUUUGCUUGGGGGACAAGGCUUCAACUUUGGCUUUGGCAACAACAAUGUCAGUACUGCUUUACCUGAGGAGCAAGUUAACUUUGGAUACUACAACAACAGUCUCAACUUUGGGUAUGACUUCAACAAUCUUUGUACAUGAUGUCAUGUAG